UCACGAACACGAAGCACGUCGCGUCUGCGCGCGGGGGCGGUCUUUAAAUACCGGGCGGCUCCCCCUCCGCAGCACCACUUCUGCGGAAACGCUGCACUGAGGAGGAGCAGACACAUUCCAGCUCGCUGUUUCUACAUCUCGACUGAAACCUGAAAGAUGUCCACCAAGGAGAAGCUGAUCAGCCAUGUGAUGAAGGAGGAGCCUGUUGGCAGCAGGAACAAGGUGACGGUGGUGGGUGUCGGCAUGGUGGGCAUGGCCUCUGCCAUCAGCAUCCUGCUCAAGGACUUGUGUGAUGAGCUGGCCCUGGUUGAUGUGAUGGAGGACAAGCUGAAGGGUGAAGCCAUGGACCUGCAGCACGGGGCCCUCUUCCUCAAGACACACAAGAUUGUAGCCGACAAAGACUACAGUGUGACAGCCAACUCCAGAGUGGUGGUGGUGACCGCUGGUGCCCGCCAGCAGGAGGGCGAGAGCCGCCUGAACCUGGUGCAGCGCAACGUCAACAUCUUCAAGUUCAUCAUCCCAAACAUCGUCAAGUACAGCCCCAACUGCAUCCUGAUGGUGGUGUCCAACCCAGUGGACAUCCUGACCUACGUGGCCUGGAAGCUGAGCGGCUUCCCGCGUCACCGCGUCAUCGGCUCUGGCACCAACCUGGACUCCGCACGUUUCCGCCACAUCAUGGGAGAGAAGCUCCACCUCCACCCGUCCAGCUGCCACGGCUGGAUCGUCGGAGAGCACGGAGACUCCAGUGUGCCUGUGUGGAGCGGUGUCAAUGUUGCUGGAGUUACUCUGCAGAGCCUCAACCCACAGAUGGGGGCUGAAGGCGACAGUGAGAACUGGAAGGAAGUUCAUAAGAUGGUGGUUGACGGAGCCUACGAGGUUAUCAAGCUGAAGGGCUACACCUCCUGGGCCAUCGGUAUGUCUGUGGCCGACCUGGUGGAAAGUAUCACCAAGAACCUGCACAAAGUGCACCCUGUGUCCACACUGGUCAAGGGCAUGCACGGAGUGAAGGACGAGGUCUUCCUGAGCGUCCCUUGCGUCCUGGGCAACAGCGGUCUGACGGAUGUGAUCCACUUGACCCUGAAGCCUGAUGAGGAGAAGCAGCUGGUGAAGAGCGCUGAGACCCUGUGGGGAGUCCAGAAGGAGCUCACUCUGUGAAAAGCCCUCCUCUGAAUCCUCAGCUGAAACCACACCCAACACCUUGUGGUCGACUGCCUACUCCUGUGCUUCCUGUUGUCCAAACAGGCGAAUGAAAACCUCCUGAAUAUCUAACAAGGCCAAGUGUCUGUAGCUAAACCAGUGGAGGCUAGAUUUUACCUUAAGAUAUUCAUGCAUGGGUGUCAUUUUCCUUUGCGGCCUCCCACCCGUCCUCUUUCCAUCCUGACUGAAUUCUCAGAAAACACAACUCGUACCUUUAGGCCUUUGAGCUCAGCCUGUGUUGGUGAGAGGUGAUAUUAUUUGUUGUCCUGUCUAUGUAAGAAAACAAGGCCAUUGCAAGCAAAAUUGAGCGUAUACAACUCCACGUACUGUACGUUAUUGUGCACUGUAGCUUCUGCUUUACACUCCUUGUCUGUAGUGUGUGUGUGUGUUUAUUCAGUGUAUUCUCUGAUUGUUGCCAGCUGGGUGUUUUUUUUCCCAUUUGGUGAUCUCUGUUUAUUUUUUUAUUUGGAGUAUAAUGGAGACAUUCCAUUCUCUAUGAGGAGGGGCUUCCUGUCCACGUACAGUCAUAACAACACUGCUGCGAAUAUCACUGGGCCAUUAUCCUGUGAUACCAAAGUACCUUAUCAUUUAAGAAAAAAACAAUGCUACAUCUACUGGUUGGCAUUGAAGCCUUUAAAACACACCUAACCACAAGUGCACUGACAGAACAAAAAAAACUAUUAAGGUCAAGAGAACUGGCAAGAGGCGACAAAGACUUCACCCGAGAUAAUUAAAAAGGUUUGUUAGCGAGGUGACUAGCCGUAAUUUUACUCAGCAUAGAGAUAACAGAGAGCCAAUGGGAAAGACUCAGCUACAAUCAUGACGUAGGAUCAGGCUACGAAUCCUCUCAGGAGGUUUCUGCCCUGCAGGUGUUGUUGUGUGUUGGCGCAGCCUAAAAUACCCUCAAAGGGGUUUUGUAUUUAUUUUACUCCACCUGACUCUGGAAAACAAAAAGUGGAACUCAAGAGAAACAAUGAUGGUAUUAUUUAUAAUUGUUAAUACUGUUCAGAUCUAUUUAUGUAUUAAUGUUACAGCGUUAGAUACGGUCUCUCAACCACCUGACUGCUCAGUGAAGAACUGUACCUGCCAUGGCAGCUGGUUACUGAUUUUUAUUUGCCGUAACAUCAAAUAAAUCUGCCAGGUUACUGA